AUGCCUACUCCAGUCAACACAGAACAGAUCCUUAAGGAUGUCAACAUCCACGGCAGACUGAACGACCAGACACGCCAGAUUCUUUCCAAAGAUGCCACCAUCUUCCUCGCCGUCCUCCACCGUACCUUCAACGCUACCCGCAAGGCUCUUCUUGAGCGAAGACAGAUCCGCCAGGCUGAGCUCGACAAGGGCGUUCAGCUCGACUUCCUCCCCGAGACCAAGCACAUUCGUGAGAACGAUGCAUGGAGAGGCGCACCACCAGCUCCAGGUCUCGUUGACAGGAGAUUGGAGAUUACUGGUCCAGUCGACCGAAAGAUGGUUGUGAAUGCCUUGAACUCGGAUGUGUGGACAUACAUGGCAGAUUUCGAGGAUGCAACUGCACCAACAUGGGACAACAUGAUCAAUGGGCAGCUCAACCUCCACGACGCCAUUCGCAAACAGGUCGACUUCAAGCAGGGCGAGAAAGAGUACAAGCUUCGCACCGACCGCACCCUUCCAACCCUCAUCUGCCGUGCUCGUGGCUGGCACCUUGAGGAGAAGCACUUCACCGUUGAUGGUGAGCCAAUCUCCGGAUCUCUCUUCGACUUCGGUCUUUACUUCUUCAACAACGCCUUUGAGCUCGUCAAGCGCGGAACCGGCCCAUACUUCUACCUGCCCAAGAUGGAGAGCCAUCUCGAGGCAAGACUCUGGAACGACGUCUUCAACCUCGCUCAAGACUACAUUGGCAUGCCACGAGGCACCAUCCGAGGAACCUGCUUGAUCGAGACCAUCACCGCUGCUUUCGAGAUGGACGAGAUCAUCUACGAGCUCCGUGAUCACUCCUCCGGCCUCAACUGCGGUCGCUGGGACUACAUCUUCUCUGUCAUCAAGCGUUUCCGCCAAAACUCCAACUUCGUCCUCCCAGACCGUAGCGCCGUGACCAUGACCGUGCCCUUCAUGGACUCAUACGUGCGUCUCCUCAUCAAGACCUGCCAUCGUCGUGGCGUCCACGCCAUGGGUGGCAUGGCCGCUCAAAUCCCCAUCAAGGACAACCCAGAGGCCAACGAGAAGGCUAUGGACGGUGUGCGUGCCGACAAGCUUCGCGAGGUGCGCGCCGGCCACGACGGUACAUGGGUCGCCCAUCCAGCUCUCGCCAAGAUCGCAGGUGAGGUGUUCAACGAGCACAUGACCACCCCCAACCAACUGCACGUCCGUCGCUCUGAAGUCAAUGUCAACGCCAACGACCUCCUCAAUAUGAACGUCCCCGGUAAGAUCACCGAAGACGGCAUCCGCAAGAAUCUCAACAUUGGUCUCGGAUACAUGGAGGGCUGGCUCCGUGGUGUAGGCUGUGUCCCAAUCAACUACCUCAUGGAGGACGCUGCUACUGCUGAGGUCUCCCGCUCGCAGCUCUGGCAAUGGUGCAGACACGGUGUGCCAACCAGCGAGGGCAAGAAGGUCGACAAGCAGUACGCUCUCAAGCUGCUGUAUGAGCAGGCUGAGGAGCUCGAGAAGAACGCGCCAAAGGGCAACAAGUUCCAGCUUGCUGCCAAGUACUUCGCUACGCAGGUGACUGGCGAGGAUUAUGCUGAGUUCUUGACUUCGCUGCUAUACAACGAGAUCACGAACACCGGCGAGAAGCUGCCAGCUGCCAAGUUGUAA